AUAAGGCUUGGCGCAUCCCUGACUGUCGGUCAUUCCACGCGGAGAAAUUCGAUCGACACGGAGAAGGUUCGGGGAACGUCGACGUACAGGAGCCAACGAUCCGAAACUGAAGACAACGAUGAAGAGCAUCUUGUUGGUGUGCGCGUGUUCGUUGCUGAUCGGAGUACAGGCUAUCGGUAGAUACAGAGGAUUAGAGUUUUUAGAACCUUGCUCCAGCAGGGACUACGAUAUCGAGAGUUGCCUCGCUAGGUCAGCCAAUGUACUCAUCGAACACUUCCGGAAUGGUUUACCGCAAUUGGGCUAUCCAGAGGUAGAACCCAUUAUCCUCGACGAGCUCCAUAUCGCACUUGGUGGAGGACCGGAUGGCUACAGGGCUCAGUUUAAAAACAUUACGGCAAGAGGAGUUUCCACGUUACGAGUGACUGGUUUGAGGACCAGAUUAUCGGAAGACGAGGUGCAGCUGCAAUUAGCCCUCAGCAUUCCGAAAAUCAGAGCUGCUGCCAAGUACAGGUCUAGUGGUACCUUGCUGUUGGUGAAAGCCAGCGGUGCUGGUGACUAUUGGGGUGAAUAUGAAGGUGUAAAGGCAAAAGUAUUCAUCCGGGCGAAGCCAUUCGCUGCUCAAGGUCGCAAAUAUUUAAGGUUGCAGCAACUUAAAAUGGACUUUAGUGUGCAGAAUAUUAAGAUGGGCGUCGAAAAUGUUCGAGGCAGCAACGCCAUUAUUCUGGCAGCGUUAAAUCUCUUCAUUAAUACCAACAGUCAAGAAUUGUUAAAAGAGAUGAAACCUGAUCUAAGGAGGAAAUUAGUUCAAGUAAUGACAAGCUUCAUUGAGAGGAUCUUUGCUCAAGUACCAUACGAUGCAUGGAUCGUUGAUUGAAUCGAUUAAAAUGGCAUCGUAUCUGUCGAUAGUCACUUAAGGAAAAAGGAUCACCAAAUAUCUUGCGACACAUCGAUUAAAAAAUAAGAAGUCUAUGCAUACGAAAGAUACAACAACGAGAAUAUUAUCUUUAUGUUCUUUUCCUUUUUAGAAGAUUUUUUUGUCCACUAGGAAACAGUUGAAACGGGCAUCAAAAUUGGGUUUUAUAAAUAUUUAUUAAUCUGUAUAUAAUUUGUAUUUAAAUGUUUUGUUAAAAUUGACGACUGACAAUCACAAUAUUGAAAGCCAGUCUAUCGCUAAUUUUCAUAAAAUAGUGUCUUGCAUAUUUAUUAUAUAAGCUGUAUUGUGGUGUAAAACGUACCGUGGCUGAGAUUAAAGUUAUACAGUUAAUUUUUACAGUUUCUUUUUAAAUAUAAGAUUAAAUUAGUUAAGUUGCGAUAAUUUCGAAAAGUAAAUUAGUCGAAUCUUGAAGUAAUUCCAACUUAAGAUAUUUCAACCCGAUAAGCUUACUUUCCUAUUAUUUAUGUCAUUUAUACGAAUGUAAAAUGUUGUAGACAUUAUGUAAGUGUAUGUGUGAUAGUUAUAAGGAAUGGAUGAUUUACAAUAACAAUUUAAAUACCAUCGAAUUGGACUAAUCACGUUAAGUCGAUUAUGUAUUCGCGUGUUCAUCGAUCGCAUCGUUACGAUUAUUUAUGACUAACUGAAGAAUGAGAAUGACGGAAGCUAAAUUAUUCUUGAAUAUUCUUAUCAUGCCGGUAAAUUGGUAUUCAUAAGGAUCGCAGCUUUCUCCGUUUUCAUUUUUUAGUUUAUAACAUGUACUUCGCAUAAUAUAUUUUUUCAUACUUUGCUUCAUUGUUAUACAUUUCGUUUUAUAUUCUCCCAUGUGUUUGUCAUAAGAAACGGAUAUAUGUU